CGCGGUGGGGCGAUCGGGCGAUGCGGUGACGUUGGUGCUCGGGGGCGCUGCCAUUGGCGGCGGCGGGGUGACGGGCCAUGUGGCGCGUGCUGCGCCGCGCCGUUACCGCGGGCGGCCGCCGAGCCCCCGUCCCUCAGGGGCGUUGGUGCCGCUGCCGCCAGCCGCUCGCGUCCGCCGCCGGCCGCUGCAGGGGGCAGGCCUGGGCUGAGAGUAGAACCUCUGCUACCAUCAGGAUGCCUGAAGUAAACACAGAUCACCUGGAUGAGCAGCAGGUGCAGCUCUUGGCAGAAAUGUGCAUCCUUAUCGAUGAAAAUGAUAAUAAGGUUGGAGCAGAUACCAAGAAAAACUGUCACUUGAAUGAAAACAUUGAUAAAGGUUUACUGCACCGAGCUUUCAGUGUUUUCUUAUUUAAUACAGAAAAUAAACUGUUGCUGCAGCAGAGGUCAAGUGCAAAAAUAACAUUUCCAGAUUGUUUUACCAACACUUGUUGCAGUCAUCCUCUAAGCCAUCCACUAGAACUGGAAGAAAAUAAUGCCAUUGGUGUUCGGAGAGCAGCACAGAGACGACUAAAAGCAGAGUUAGGAAUUCCGAUGGAGCAGGUAACUCCAGAAGAAAUCUCCUACCUGACGCGGAUUCACUACAAGGCCAAGUCUGAUGGGAUCUGGGGUGAACAUGAGAUAGACUAUAUCCUGUUUGUACAGAAGGACGUAAUGCUGAAUCCCGACCCUAAUGAGAUCCAAAGCUACUGCUACGUGACACAGAAAGAACUGAAACAGCUCUUGGACAAAGCUUCCAAGAAUGAAGUUAAGAUUACUCCGUGGUUUAAACUAAUUGCAGAGACCUUUCUUUUUAAGUGGUGGGAUAACUUAAGUAACUUGAACAAAUUUGUUGAUCAUGAAAAAAUACAUCGAAUGUAAAUAGGUGGGAUAAAAGAUGCUGAAAGCUAGCAGUGAUGUGCUGUCCUGUUAAUACUAUGGUAGAUUAUGACUCUUGAGUGCAGAAGAUUUGCUCACCUGGAGCAUGUUUAAUUACUUUACACAGAGAUGGUUAUAGCCAAUGAGUUUUUCUUCCGUAUUGACCUCCCCUUCCCCCCAGCCCUGUUGUCUUGGGUGAGUUAAGCUUGCUGUCAUGUGAAAUGGGUGAUGGUAAUGUAAGAAACCCCUGGGUCCAUCUUCCUCCGUUACCUGGUGUGACAUGAGAUCCUCAGUCUGUGUGUGCCUGGUUUGCUCUUACUCCCUCACCUAGCUACACACGCUGGCAGGGCAAGUUGGGCGAGUCCUGUCCAGCUUGUUAGAGCUGGUACAUUCUCAGCUGUAUGUUACUAUGCCUUCUAAAGUAGUGAUUACAAAUGAAUCUAGAUGACUAGUUGCCUGAAAAAAACCCAACAAUUAAUUCAAAGUAAUCAGGAUGAUUUUAAUUGCAGACAGCAAAUCUCUUCAGCUACUCUAUAAUUAACCAAACACAUAAAAGCUUAAGUAAUUGGAUUAUCUGUGUGGACUGAGUUUCACUUUGACGUGCUGCAGUGUCACACACAGCUUUAGAUAAUAAACAUUGCAGGUUUUGUUUGGGGUUUUUUUCCCUACUACCUUUUCUGGUGAGUUGAUGGCAGAGUACUGGACAUCUCUUUUUAAAAAAAAAAAAAAAAAGGUGGUGUUGGCGGUGGUUAAUUAUACCAAAUGUAUUUGGUACCUAUCUAAUAUAGAAGAUGGCCUGCCUUUGGAGAAGGGAUGUGCAUUAAAUGACUCUUUCCCAUCUUCCAGAAAACAAAGGCAUCUUGAUAAAAGCUUUUUUCCCUGCAACACCCACUGCAAAUCAUUCCUGGAGAACUCAGACCCCUCAAACUCCAAAAUUUAAGAUUGACAAUUUAUGAGUUUAUACCAGGUCUUAAUUUCAGUUACUUGGAAAAGAGCUAAUCCUCUGAUUGUGCAGUCAAUUGCUAGAAACAAGUAAAAUGGAAGGCUUUUUUAAAAUCAGACAAAUAAUCAACAGUAUCUCACUUUGAAUUUAAAAUUCUUGGAUUUGGGUUUUCUCCCCCAAAAAAGCGUAAUAGUGAUUUCUUCUGUGAGCAGGCAACUCGACUGAGAUUUCAGUUCACUUCUCCCAGAGGUGUCUUGAUGAAAUAGGAUGUUUUUCAUACCACUUCUCAUUGCAUGUAAAACAUGGUUGUAACUAGUCUGUGGUUUCAAAGUAAAGCUAAUUUUUUUACAGUGGCUAAGAUACUUCUCUUUCUUGCCCCAGCUGUGACUGCAGCACUGAACCUUCUAUGUGCUGCCAUCUCUAGUGGUUCAGCACCUACAGGUUUUGGAGCCCAGUUUGUUGUAAUUUGACCUGAACUGAUUUAUUGUUUUGAAGCAAAUAGUGGGUGAGGGAAUAGUGAUGCAAUGAACAGGUGUCUUGAACUCAGUGCAAUCAGCCACAUUGUACAAAUAAUGUAAUUGAGUACGUUUGAAAUACUUAAAAUACUUUUUAAAUAAAACACUAUCUUAAAUACAAGACUAUGAUUAAAAUACCUAACCUAAAA